CAACAAUAUCCACAACCCACAACCAAGAAAAGAGUCUUAUACGAAAAAGACCUAUACAUCGCGCUCUUACAAACCCUCUCACCAUAUUCUCACACACAUACAACACAUCGUAGCCAUGUACGGCUCAUACGGUUCAUACAGCUCCAUGGGCGCCGUCUCCAUGACUGCCCCCAUCGAUAUCGCCCCCAGCAACAUGCUCGCCCACGACCGGUCGUGCGCCUUCCCUUCCUGGCCGCGCCGCGAUACCCUCGCCGACUUUGACGGCGAGCCCCGGGCCACCUCGUACCUUUCCGACGAGGACCUCUUCCCCCAGGACUUUGAGGACGACUCCCACAGCGUCGCCAGCUCCGGCAGCUUCUCCUCGCCCAACUCCCGCUCGCCCCAGAUCACCGAGGCCGAGCUUCUCGACAUGGAGCGCGAGCGCAUGGCCAUGCAGCGCGAGGCCCUCCGUUGCGUCAUGCUCGAGAAGGAACGCCGCCGCCAGGCCGCCCUUCAGCAGAAGAAGUCGCAGCGUCGUGGCAGCUCCAAGAAGAGCCCCAAGAACAAGCAGGCCGCCAUGACUCCCAUCGCCGAGUGAGAGACGCCUUUCACAGCAGCAGCUCUCUACUACAUCGGCGGUGGCGCCAAGCCAUGUCUACCAGCACUCGUUCGGACGAGGGAGGGCACCAUUCCGGAGAGCAUCAUCCUAGCUCUUUCACACCUCGUCUCGACAAACCUUAAUCAGUAAUUACGGCACAUAACUUACAUCUUUGUUGCCGGCGAAGGCCACCAACAUCGCCUGCGACCCCUUCCAGGCCUUUGGUCUUCCAAAUACGACGCUCCUUGGCCACUCAUUGUGGCCUCGGUCU